GUGGGAACUAUCACGUGGGUUUGUUUUUGAUGUAAAUAAUGCCCAUGGAUCGAUCAUCCGAAUUACUUUUUGCAAAACUAAUGAUUUACAGAGGACAGACAUGUACUUAUUCAAUGAUGAAUUCAACUAGGUAGAGAAUUAUGCAAUGGACUCCAAGUCUGAUGAAGUUGAUGGGAAGCCUGAAAGUGAGGUUGGAGUUAGAGAAAUCCUCCAAAGCGAUACUAUCGUGAUGAAGAUCCCCUCUGAAGUGGAAUCUGUAGACAGCGUAACUAGUAGCACUGCUAUCGGGAAAAACCAUUGCUCGGAUCACAGUGGGGAGAGAGAUCAAAUAUCUGCAGAAAUAAAUCAACAGGCUGAAGCAUCUGUCUGUGAUGUGGAGUCUUCAUCAGGACCUGAACUAGCAUCAGAUAAUGCUGAGACUGUAUCCAUGGAGACAGCCAAUCACCAGACUUCAGUAAGCAGUGAAGAUAAUAUAGUACCUGGUAACACGGAAUCUGUAUCCAUGGAGACAGCCAAUCACCAGACUUCAGUUAGUAAUGAUGGUAACACAGUACCUGGUAACACGGAAUCUGUGUCCAUGGAGACGGACAAUCAGCAGACUUCAGUAAACAAUGAAGGUAACACAGUACCUGGUAACACGGAAUCUGUAUCCAUGGAGACGGCCAAUCAGAAGACUUCAGUAAACAAUGAAGGUAACACAGUACUUGGUAAUGGGGAGACUGUAUCCAUGGAGACGGCUAAUCACAACACAGCACCUGGUAACACAGAAAUUGUAUCAAUAGAGACUGUCAAUCACCAGACUUCAGUAAGCAAUGAAAGUAAGAUGUCGGCCACAGAACAUGCAGUAACUGAUAGUACUGCAGUUCAGAAACCUUGUUUUGAUGAAAGUUGUGAUGCUGAAGGUGCUGUUCCAAGUAAGAAAAUCAAUACAGAGACCAUAGACUCCACUGAUAAUAAACAGUCUACAGAUAUCUCAAUGGAGACAGAAGAUUCAGUAGUGGAUAGCUCCAGUGAUUUUAGUCAGAUACAGAUUACAUGUGUUCAAAGCAUAGCCACAUAUUCUCCACAGAUGGAAUUCGGAGACAGCAUACAAACUUCUUCAGAAGGCAAGGAGGCAUUGCAUCUGGUGCCUAGUGAAGUGUCUGAGAUAACUGCCAUGGAGGUGAUCUCUGUACGUGGUGUGACAUCUAGUGUAGAACAAACUACCAAAGAAAGUGACAUAUCCACAACACAAAUCAAUGUUUCUUCCUCAGAUGUCAAUCAAAUCGCUGAUUCUGAAGACCAAACAUCUAGUAAUCAUUCUGUAACAUCAACUGUAGUAAAAAGCGACUUUCAAAUAUCCUCAGAUAUUUCACAGACGUCAACAGAACAAACAGAUGUAGCAAGCCAUGAAAGGUCUCCCUUAACAGUGACAAAUGAAGUGAAAAAUAUUUCGACAGAGGCAAAUGCAUCCUAUGUCUCAUCAGAAAAAAUUACAUCAUCCACAGUAUGUACACUGUCUAAACCAGAGGAAAAAAAUCGGAUCAAAACUAUUGAAAAUUCUGAGAAAUCAUCCGGUCAAGAAAAAGUUAGUGAACUCACAGUGACUUUCAGUGUAAAUUCAGCAACACAUCAGCCUGUUAUCACCAGUUCCAAGAAGGUUAGUUCAGGUGUUGACAAGGUAAUUAACAACCUACUUCCAAUUAGUCCUAAAGUACUAGCUGUCCAGUCCAACGCCAACGAAUCUCAAGAUAUGAAGAAGAGUUCAGUUUCUCAGAAAUUCAGUACAUACACGCUAAAUAAAGCGAGGACCAUGCUUCAUUCUGCCUUAGGAACAAUGCCAGUGGUUGUUAACCCUGUUUCCCAGCUGCAGCAGCUGAACCCAAACCUGUCCACAGUGGCAGACAAUAGCGGCUUGUCAGUGAAAGUCACAAAACAGUCUUCUAAUGUUGAUAAAGCAGAGGAACAUGGAGAUAUAUUGGACAUACUUAAGACUCAUCAGAAGGAGGCUGUCCCUGAAAAGAAAUCACAAGAAACUUCUACUAUCAACAAAAAUUCUGGAAAAGGAAAAACCCCGGAGAAAGGAAGUAAUCAGAUAGCAAAAAAGUCAACCACUAAGAAGCCUGCAGUUACAAUCAAAGAUACAAACCUGGAAACUAGUGUUAAACAGGAACCGGUUGAUGGUUAUAAUGGGUAUGGUUAUAGUACGCCAGCCAAAGAGACCUCCGGUAAUCAAGUCUCCACACCCUCAAUAGUGAUAGAGAAUGUCCAGGGAAAUCCUACCUCACCCGCUGUCAACCAUAACAGCUUGUCCAGUCAGGUGAAAUGUGUUCCUCCUGUAGCAUCCUCUCAAAAAAGUCUUCAACCUGGUCCCGUAGCACCGAUAAAUAGAAAUCCUACCAUUUUGAGCAAACUGGUCCCUUCAGAUUCAGUGAGAGCCAUAGUUCCAACUUUAAAGAGCACAACAAUCAGUGAUCUUACUAAAAACAACCGUUUUGUACCUGUGAUGGCUGGACUGGGCCCUGCUACGGGUCCAAACAGGGUGACUAUCCGUCUCUCCAAUAGUAUUGCUGCCCCUGUCAAUCCCAUACCAGUUCCUAAUAUGCCUAGACCCUACCGGGCUCCUAGACCUAUUCAGCCUAAGGCACUGGAGAUUCAUCAACCCAUGGUCAAUACCACUGCAGUUACAAACAAAAUCUCCACACCAGCUUUGGCUCAGACGCCUAGUAAUAUCAAGACUUCUAUACCUCAGCCUAUGUCGGUGUCUACAAUCAACAUUGAUACAGUCGGUCUUCCACGAAUCACAGAACUCAUUGCCAGGAAAAAUCCCAUACCUAACUACAAGGCACCAAUUGUUCCUGAGAAUCUGAAGGGCAUGAUUAAGGAUAACCGAUAUCUUUGUUACGAGUGCGGAGACCUUUUCUGGAUUGAGUCAAGUCUUUUGCAGCACCGAGGCCGUUACAGUAUGAAAAUAAUCUACAAAUGUGAUGAAUGUAACAAACAGAAAUGUUUCUUCAAUAAAUGUCAGUUUCUUGGCCAUCUUCGUCAGCAUCUCAACAUCGAUAAAAGUCAGGCUGUCCCAAUCCACAUAAAGUCGGACUCGAUCUCAAUAGCACCACUUCCUAAGGUAUAUGAAUCCCUGGUAUUUCAGACUCCAGGUGAACCAUGGACUAACUCUGAAGAAAAGAAUCAGAGGACAGUGAAAGAGGCACCAUCCAGAAAGCGUUGUCAUGAGUGUGGGGUUCAGAUGUCUGUGGAAGAGAUGUCUUUUCACUACAAUACAGCCUCCACUAAAUGUGACUUCAGAAACAUCUGUGGCACCUGUAAUAUGGUACUGCCGUCUAUCUGUUCACUGAGGGCCCACCGUUGUCUCCAUGGCGAUCACCGCUACACCAAACUCGACACCUCCAUCUGUCCAGAGUGUGGGGAACAAUUCUUCAAGAAAGUUAUAACUUAUAAGGAAAAAACUCUCGAUUCUAGAAGUGCGUUUAUUCAGCAUUUACGAUACCAGUGCUGCCAUAUCAGUCGUAUUGCACAAAUGCAAUGUCCGCAAAUUAAGAAUCAUAUUCUUGCUAAACUUGAUCAGUAUUACAAAUGUCAGGUGUGCCCGAUGGCCUUCAGGACAGCUGCGGGGUUUGAACGGCACUUUGUUACCCAUCAGAAAGGUCACCCCUCAGAAAAAGACUACAAACGCAUUUAUAAAUGUCAUGUCUGCGACACGGUCCUGGAUGACAUAGCUGUGCUGGAGUUACACAUAGCAGGUCAUGUUAAGGAAUUCAAGCAAUUGUGCACAUAUGGGUUCGUAUGCAUUGAAUGUAGACAAGUAUUUUCCAGUAAGGAGCACCUGUCUAAGCAUAUUAAGGAGACCCAUGCUCAGAUAGCUAACAAGACUAUGUGUCUGAAGUGUAACAAGUCAUUUGGAAACGUGUACGAGUGCUUUCUUCAUGAUCUAAUGAUGCAUCGCAGCUCUUUAGUCCCAGAAUACAGACCGUGUAAGAUUUGUGGCGAUGUCAUGGAAUUGGAAGCAUAUCUGGCUCAUCCUUGCAUCAAGAAAAAGACCAAAGAAAAAUAUGUUUGUAAUUUUUGUGACAAAGAGAUCGUGAAAAAGAAGCACUUGACACAACACAUGGAGUGGCACAAAAGUAAUGGGGCUGCAGUGUGUUUGAAAUGCUUCAGGACAGACUUCUCUGACAUGGACAAGUUAAAAGAUCAUGAAGUAAUGUGUUUGGGUACUGAGCAGGGUCAAGUCAAAUCUGGCGAACUGUGCAUUGAUUGUAAGCUGCGAUUUAAGAAUAAGGAGGUAUUGGAGAAACAUCGAGCACUUCACCAUCCAAAUUUGUUCCCCUGUCACCUUUGUGGCGCCACAUAUCAGAAUAAAGAUGACCUCAAAAAUCAUGUUACUGUGAAGCAUGUUGCCAAGCGACAUGUAUAUCCCUGUCAAAUUUGUAAUGGGCGGGGCAUAAAGAGAGUGUUUUCAUCCAAUGCUCUUCUGGAAAAGCAUCUGACAUGUCGCCAUAGACAAGGAAAGAAUCAUGUUAUUACUCAGAAAUUUCUCAAGCAAGAAGAAGAAGAGUCGUCUGGGGAACCUGAUCAAGAUAAAGAAGAUGAAGCCUCUAAGCGUAAAACGGAUGAGGUUGCAAACACUGAUCAGCCAUUCAAGAAGCUAAGGGUUGAAGGGGAAACCAGAUUCACAUGUGCAAAAUGUUCUCUGACUUGUGAGGACCGAUCAACCUUUCUGAAACACCUGGAGAAUCACAAGGUCGAAAACUUCAUCCAGUGCAUGGAGUGUGGCCUGUCCUUCGCAGUGUUACCAUCUCUCAGAAAGCAUCUCUUUAUGGUUCAUAAGGUUAAGGACUUUAACACAUAUUGCCAAGAUAAUGGCAUAGAAGAGGCAAUGGAUGUGGAUUAUGACAAGGAAAUACGCGAUAUUCCACCUGUUCCUGAGAUGGAAGUUUCACAAGAUAGUGAUUCAGUGGAGGAAGAAGAUAUUACUAGAAAUCCUCUUGAGUGUCGUGUGUGCCAUCGUGUGUUCGAUUCAGAGACUGACCUUCGCACACAUACACGAACACACGGCAUGGCUUUUAUACGCAACAAACGCAGGAAUAAGAUGGUACCGUCAGCCACGACCAAACCCCCACAGAUGAAUGGUGUCGACACAGAAGAGGAAGACUCAUCUCUCAGCUUUGAUUAGAAGGAUUAGAAGGGUCGGUAAUAUGGACAAUUUUUGUGUGGCAGUACUAUGAUUAAGUUUUCAGAAAAUUUGAGGUUCAAUCUGACCAAAAGCUCAUCUGUAUCAAAGGGUCAAGUAUGUUUUGUUGAGGUGCAUGUCGGUUAACUCUUUCAUUGAAUUGACUUCUUCACAACCAACUUCUUCUUAUUCACCAAAAGGCUUAGAAUGAUGAUACUUAAGUUUUACAAAGUGUAUGUGAUGAUACUUAAGUUUUACAAAGUGUAUGUAAAUAAAUGACCUUAGCCCAUAUUGAAGGUCAUGAUCGUUAGGCUUUGUAAAAAUGCUCAAAUGAUUUUUGAUGAUCAAUCACUUCAGCUUGCAGUCACAGUAUUUGGCCAGUGUCUGCUUUACUGUGUGAUAGACAAAUAAAAUGACCUUGAUAUGUAUUCUGGUCACUGUUUCAAAAUUAUAACUUUUAGAUUUCCUGGAUAAAGCUUCACUUUGAAAGUCUCACAAGUGACAAAGUUUAAGAGAAGUGAUAUAUAUAUAUAUAUAUUAUAAUGUCAGAUGUGUUAUGCUAACUACUGAAGCUAAUUUAAAGAAUAUUUACUUUAAAAGUCACAGUUAUGAAAUGUAUCGCUAAACAUUGAAUACUAGGAGAGAAGUGCAGGCCCUUUGGGCCUUGUAAUUUGUGUCGGUUUAUUGUGGUGAUAUUGCACAUGUGCAAAUUGAAUUUUACUAGCAUUGUGGAGCAUAAAAAAUUAGGUGUACAAUUAAUGCAAAUGAUCUAUAUAUAUAUCUGUAACAGGGUACAUGUUAUUGAUAUUUACUCCAUGUGCUUGUAGGGGAAUUGUUUAAGUUCUUAUAUCAUAACAUUACAAUAUGUAUACUAUGCAUUUCAAAAUUUGAAAGUGAAGUACUGUAAUUAAAGAUACAUGCCACAAAAACUGUCAGAUAUUGUA